UGAUGACUGUUCUUAUAAAUUAAUUAUGUUUAACAGAUAUUCAACCUCUCCCUCCCAACGGCUUCUUCAUAGUUCAUACUCUCUCUCUCUCUCUCUCUCUCUCUCUCUCUACAAAAGUCUUCAAUUUGGAGAGCAGAACGCAGCGUCAGCCGUCUCCUAUUUAGACCAUUAAACGAAGGUUGAAGGGAAUAUUCUAAUUCUCUUCCUUCAUUCCUGCUUCUCCUCAAUCUUUUUUUCCUUUUUAACUUCUUCUUCUUCUUCGGGCUGAAGCCAAAUUACCCAAAGCUUCUGUUCUUUGUGUGUUUUGAGUUGAUCUUGGGGCGAAAUGUUGAGAAAGGAGGAGUUUUGGUGAAAAAGAUUUGAGCUUUUUUGGGAAGAAGAGAUGGGUUUGGUGAUACUUUGUGUGAUUUUCAUUCUUCUUGGGGUUUCUGCAGAAUCUCAGGCCCAGAAUCCCCAGAAGCUGACAUGUAAUCCGGUGGAUUUGAGAGCUCUGGAGGGGUUCUUGGAUUUACUGGAGUCUGGUGUUGAUGGCUGGGAGAGAAAUUCUUCUUCUUCUUCUUCUCCCAAUUGCUGCAACUGGGUUGGGAUAACUUGCCAGUCUUCUUUAUCUCUUGGAUUAAAUGAGCCCUCAAACUAUGGAAGGGUGAUCAAAUUGGACCUUGGGAAAAGGAGGCUUAAUGGGAAAGUUUCAGAAUCUAUAGGCAAUUUGGAGCAGCUUAGAACCCUCAAUCUCUCCCACAAUUUCUUCCAUGGCUCCCUCCCGGACUCACUAUUUCAUCUCCCUCACUUGGAGGUCCUAGAUUUGACCAGCAAUCAAUUCUCCGGUCCAUUUCCGGGCACUCUAAACCUGCCUGCUAUUCAAGUUCUCAAUGUCUCUGACAAUUCUUUAAUUGGGUCAAUUCCUGUGGGUAUUUGCAAGAAUUCAACCCAGAUUUCUGUCCUCAAACUGGGUGCCAAUAACUUCAGUGGGUCUGUUCCUAUAGGCCUUGGGGAUUGCUCUUCAUUGGAGAAUCUUUGUUUGGGUGCAAAUAUUCUGUCUGGCACUUUACCUGAUGAUCUCUUCAAGCUGCCAAGAUUAGCAAGUUUGAAUCUUCAACAGAACAGAUUCUCUGGGCAGUUUAAUCCCCUAAUUGGUAACCUCUCUAAUCUUGAGUAUUUGGAUUUAUGCUUAAAUGAGUUCUCAGAAGCUAUCCCAGAUGUGUUUCAUAGGUUUAGAAACUUAACAUAUUUCUCUGCUCACUCGAAUUUAUUUGCUGGUAGUAUACCUCUGUCUAUAGCGAAUUCUCGGACUAUACGUGUGCUCACUUUGAGAAAUAAUUCCUUGAGUGGUACUAUUCAUCUUAAUUGUUCUGCAAUGACUAGUCUCGAGAGUCUUGAUGUUGCUAAUAAUCAGUUCCGUGGGUUGAUUCCCGAAAACCUUCCUGAUUGCCCGAGAUUGAGAACUGUUAAUCUUGGUAGGAACAGCCUUGCUGGGCAAGUCCCGGAAAGUUUCAAGAACUUCCAGAGCCUCUCCUCGCUUUCCCUCUCGAAUUCCAGCAUUUCUAAUGUUUCAGCUGCCCUCGAAAUCUUGCAGCACUGCCGAAACCUGACUACUUUGGUCCUCACAUUGAAUUUCCGUGAUGAACGGUUGCCUUCUGAUCCUAAUCUGCAGUUUGCGGAGCUGAAAGCUCUUGUAAUUGCCAAUUGCAGGCUCACGGGAUUCGUUCCCCAGUGGCUGAGAGGCUCGAGCAAGCUGCAGCUGUUGGAUUUGUCGUGGAAUCGUUUAGAAGGAACGAUCCCGCCUUGGUUUGGUGAUUUCGGCUCUCUCUUUUAUCUCGACCUGUCUAACAACUCGCUCAGCGGGGAUAUCCCGAAGGAACUUACAGGACUGAAGAGUCUCAUCUUUAAUAAUAUCUCAUCUGAGAAUUCGUCACUAGACUUUCCUUUCUUUGUGAAACGAAACGUGAGUCUUGGAGGGUUGCAGUAUAAUCAGAUUUGGAGCCUCCCCCCGACUUUGGAACUUGGUAACAAUUAUCUCACGGGAGAGAUCUGGCCCGAGUUUGGGAACCUGAAAUGUUUACAUGUUUUCGAUCUGAAAUGCAACAAUUUAUCUGGAACGAUUCCUAGUAGUCUUUCGGGUAUGACGAGCUUAGAAACAUUGGAUCUGUCUCACAACGAUCUGGUCGGAACAAUCCCGCCUUCAUUGGUUAAUUGUAGUUUCCUGUCAAAGUUCAGUGUGGCUUUCAAUAAACUCUCGGGGGAAAUUCCUACCGGAGGCCAGUUCUCAACCUUCACGAAUUCUAGCUUCGAGGGGAACGCCGGUCUCUGUGGUGAACAUAGUACUACUCGUUGUGAACGUAACGAUAAUUUUCCACAUGGAUCAGCAAGGAGAGCAAAGCGGCCUCGAGGGACUAUAAUUGGAAUGGGAAUCGGGAUUGCUCUAGGAACCGUGUUUCUUCUUACUCUUAUGUUCUUGAUUGUUCUACGUGCAAGUACCCGGAGAGUAGUCGAUCCCGAAAACGAGGUUAACGAGAAGGAAUUGGACGAAUCAGGCUCGAGUCUCGUGAUAUUUUUCCAGCACAAAGACAACGUGACACUCAAUGAUCUUCUCAAGUUCACCAACAACUUUGAUCAAUCGAACAUCGUUGGAUGUGGGGGGUUCGGUUUGGUCUACAAGGCGAUCCUCCACGAUGGGAGGAAGGUUGCCAUCAAGCGGCUAACAGGCGAGUAUGGUGAGAUGGAACGAGAAUUCGAAGCGGAAGUGGAAGCGCUCUCGAGAGCCCAGCAUCCGAAUCUCGUCCUUCUUCAAGGCUACUGCAGGUAUAAGACCGACAGGCUAUUGAUAUAUUCUUACAUGGAGAAUGGGAGCUUGGACUAUUGGUUGCACGAGAAAGUCGAUGGACCGUCCUUGCUGAGUUGGGAUAAGCGGCUUGUGAUUGCUCAAGGGGCGGCCCGAGGGCUGGCUUACUUGCACCAAGCGUGCGAUCCUCAUAUACUACACCGGGAUAUAAAGUCGAGCAAUAUCCUUCUCGAUGAAAAUUUCGAAGCUCACUUAGCUGAUUUUGGCCUAGCUAGGCUCAUUCUUCCCUACGACACUCAUGUGACCACCGAUGUCGUGGGGACUUUAGGCUAUAUCCCUCCCGAGUAUUGCCAAGCCUCGGUAGCUACCUACAAAGGCGACGUGUAUAGCUUCGGGGUCGUUCUUUUGGAGCUUCUCACCGCUAAAAGGCCAAUGGACAUGUGCAAACCAAAAGGAAGUCGGGACCUAAUCUCGUGGGUGAUCCAAAUGAAGAAGGAGAAGAGGCAAACCGAAGUGUUCGAUCCCUUGGUGUACGAUAAGCAACACGGUGACGAGAUGCUAUGGGUCCUCGAGAUCGCUUGCCUCUGCUUGCACGAAUCGCCAAAGAUAAGGCCAUCGACACAGCAGCUAGUUUCGUGGCUUGACAACCUAAGUUUCACUUCCAGCUUCAAUUCAGGCUAGCAGAAUUCUUUUCAUUCCCAUUUGUUUUUCUCAUAAAGUUCACAUCUUUGUACUUAGUUGUUCAUUGUCUGCACAUAGAAACAGUAUUUCAUUGUAAAUAUUUUGAUCCAUAAAACUGAAACAAAAUUUGGGUUGGAAAAGGCAUCUCAACAGCCAUUCCUUAGAGCUUAUAAGUCUUUGGCUUUGAUUCCUUUUUUCUGUAGCAUGUGGAAUAAGUUUCAGAAUUCUGUAACAUCUUUAUAAACAUUGUAAUAAUGAACUGAGUAUUAUGAAUUAUUUUCAUUAAUA